AUGUCUGCAGCCAAUGUCCCCCUCGAGGCCACCUGGCAAGGCCAUGUCGCCUCGACUCUUGAUGCUGUUGUUCUGUUCGAGGCUUGCCUGUCUGGCAAUCUUCGUCACGUACCCCGUCGACCCCACGAUCGUGAGCGCCAAGAUCUUAUCCAGAGCGGCCAGAUCUUCAUCUACGAAGAACACGCUUCAGGUAUUAAACGAUGGACAGACGGCGUCACUUGGAGCCCGAGUCGAAUCCUCGGGAAUUAUCUGAUCUACCGGGAGCUGGAGAGGCCAUUUCCACCCGGCGAGAAGAAGCGCGCCGCAAAGAAGAACAAGAAGCAAACCAACGGCGGCAUCUCCAAGAGCGAAGGGUGUCUACGACAGAACACAGGGAUGAAUGGGACCGCCGCCGGCACAAAUGCCGCGAACUUAUCCAGUGCGGGUUCCAUGGAUCCUUCCGAGGCAGCUAGGAAUCCUGAGCGCGCCUUGAUCGGAUCUCUGGUUGACUCAUACCCGUUCAAAGAGGGCGGACUUGUCAAGAAGACGAUCAGCGUCCAAUUCAGAAGCGUCCCGCAUCAUCUCGUCUCCUACUACACAGUUCAAGAUGUCAUGAGCGGCGCCCUCGCCACACCAACAUCGCACUCGGGCUUUCUACGGAAUAUCGUUCCCCGGCCCGAGCUCAUUCUCAACCAGAACUUCAGAGCGCCCAUCGAUGAAGUAGAUGUAGACGACAAUCGUCUAAUACAACAUCCGUUGAGCAGUGCGCACCAGGAGUAUGUGAACCAUAUGCACCCUCCUACCUUCCGGACCUGGUCAGUACCUCACGUCAACAUGGCUGUGGCCAACUCGAGACAUUGGCCCACGGCCAUGGUUCCCGCCCAGCAACAACAGAUGCCACCCCCGCAGCAUGCGCAGUAUCUGCAGACACAUCCAGGGGCCAUGGCAGCCCCCAUGCCCCCACCGAAUUACGCACAACCUUCAACGCACCACCAAUAUGCCUACCAGGACGGUGUCAUGCGCCCUCAGGUGACGACGUCUUCGACGCUGGCUCCGGAUGUUUACAGAAACAUGCUUGUAGACCAGCCACUCUCCCGCCGGCACUCCACGGCCUAUGACUUGAGCAACUCGAGCCACGCCAUAGGGCUCGCUCAGACGAUGACCAACAGCCCAGUGGACCCAAUCAGAAACAUGAACCAUCCCUUCAUGCAAGCUACGCCUAUCUACGGCAAUAACGGACGUCUGCAGGAGCCGGUGCAGCAUGCGGACGCAUUCCCCUCGCCCCGAACACUGCCUCAGCAAGAACCCAGUCUCGAUGGCUCUCAGCAGCAUUCUGCGAAUCUCAAACUGGAAGGAGAAGAAUCGCAUAUGCAGCACAACAAUUCUUGGGGCACGUAUGAUGUAGCGGCUACUCAUGAUGUGUUCUUGGGUGGCACCAAUACUGAUCAAAGUCAACCAUUUUUGAAUCCAGAAGGCGAGGAGGAACAAUACGACGAAAAUAAUCCGCCACCCACUUGGCCGCCAGAAACUAUCCACCCAGCUGCAACUGUCUCAGCACCGAGGCCGAGUCUGUCCAAGACACUACACGAGGACAUCUACACUAUUCCGAACCUUCUGACGCUAUCACGUCUCGCCGCCGCGCCCUUUGUCGGCUAUUUUAUUCUGCAGGACAACCAUGCGUGGGCACUCGGUCUUCUCGCCUACUCCGGAGUAACUGACCUGCUCGAUGGAUGGAUUGCACGCCGCUGGAACCUUACGACAGUCGUGGGCACCAUCAUCGACCCACUGGCAGACAAGACUCUCAUGGCAAUAUUGACUGUUUCGUUGGCCGUGCAAGGCUCGCUUCCAGUCUGGCUUGCCGUUAUCAUCCUAGGUCGUGAUGUCGGCCUAGCUAUUGCAGCCAUUUAUUAUCGCUGGGUGUCUUUACCGCCUCCGAAAACAUUCACCCGGUACUGGGACUUCUCGCUGCCCUCGGCCGAAGUACACCCCACUGCGAUCAGCAAGUACAACACGUUCUUGCAGCUGGCUUUGAUCGGUCUCACAACAGCGGCUCCUGUCAUUGCCCAUGACAUCUCGGUGCCCUUGACUGCUAUGCAGUAUAUCGUUGCCACUACCACGAUUUGGAGUGGCGCAAGCUACAUAUACACCAAAGAUGCAGUCAAAAUAUUGAACGCGCCUAAGCCGUGA